AUGCCGCUUCGGCUAGAGUCUUCGGAGUUCGAUGUCGAGCUCUUUUCUCUCUCCAAGGAAGGUGCCUUGCCCUACAUCGGACCUGCCAAAAUUGUUCCGGUCAUGCUCGACGCAGAAGGUGUUGCCAGACUGACGCGUCCGUGGUUGAAGCAUUGCCAAGAGAAGCAUCCCAAGUGCAACCAGUCUUCGAAAACAAGACAGUCGGGUGGUCCUCGUCGACUUGUCCGGCUUCUGCCUGAUGGCAAACUGCAACUUGUCCUAGCAGCCGGGAUCAACGCUCCGUACACCGCUCUCAGCUACUGCUGGGGUACGGGCUCCAACUACACUACGACCGUCGAUACUCUCAGCAGCAGAAUGGAGUCUCUCGAAUAUCGAAACCUACCUAAGACGAUUCGUGAUGCCAUUGAUAUUACUAGGCGCCUCGACAUUGAGUAUAUCUGGAUAGACUCUAUCUGCAUCAUCCAGGAUGACGAACAGGGAGUCGACUGGAGAGAAGAAUCCGCCAACAUGGACACCAUAUACGAGGGUGCCCUUCUCACCCUUUCUGCAACGCGAUCUUCGUCCGUCGAACUGGGCUUCAUUGGCAACCGCGAAAAGCCGGGGCCACGCGAUUCGGGAAAGUCCAAAGCCAAAGUCUAUGAAGAGAACCUUGCCUCGACACGCCUUCUCUACAAUGACCCGAACGGCAAUGCCGUCGAGGUUCUCGUUCGACACCGGCUACCACACGACGCGAUUAUCCCGGAGGACGCGGACACGUCGCAAUAUCCACUUCUUGCUAGAGGUUGGACUUUCCAAGAGAGGCUUCUCGCAACACGCACCAUCCAUUUCCUCCCCCAAGAAAUCAUUUGGGAAUGUCGAUGCGAGUUCUGGUGCGAGUGUGGGAGUUCACGAGCCGAUCUGGCGUGGACGAGAGUCGAUGAGCGGGGAUUCCCGUAUGGCAAGGAGAUCAACAACCCUGAUGCCAUGAAGUCGACACUUCUGUGGCAGUCACUGGUAGAACAAUACUCGAAGAGAGUAUUGUCUCUCCAGAGCGAUCGGCUUCCUGCUUUGUCUGGAGUUGCGAGACGGAUCCGCCACGCGGACCCUACCGUAGGCAGCUACCUGGCCGGACUAUGGCACAAGGACUUGUUAUGGCAUCUUCUCUGGCAAGUCGACCACGCACAAAUCCCCAUAGACAGUCACCAUUACUUGUCGCAAAACCAGAACCGCCUGGUGGGCUCGUUCUGCGACGCAUCGGCAUUGCAGAGAAGAUCGCGAGAGCCAACAUGGUCCUGGAUCUCCACCUCAUGGCCAGUCAAGUGGUUUUCGGCAAGCCCGGAAAUCUUCCGGAGCCACAGACCGUCAGCAUCCUUUCGGGAAGCCCAAUGCGUUGUCGAUCCUAUCAAUCCCCUGGGAGACGUCAGCAGUGGUAAGAUAACGCUGACAGCUUCUAUCACCCAGACUGAGCUUUCGACGUAUCACGACGACAGUUGGAAGCUUGUUAAGAACACUCAACAGGGGAUGUCCAAGGCCCUGGAGGUUAUUUUCAUUCCAGACGGCACCUUUAAUGAGCUCAGCCUGGUGGCUGGGGAUAUCGUUCACUGCGCCAAGAUCCUGGAAUACACGAAAGACAACGAUAUCGUGUGGGUUGCAUUGGGUCUACGCCGGUUGGAUGCCGUUGCCGAAAGCAAGUAUACCGAUAACAGCGAGACUGCUACUGUCACCAAGCAGAAAGAUCGGAAAUGUCUAAAAGGUAAACGGACUGAAGACUUGGAGAGCCAGAUCGGACCAAAUAAUAUGAAGCUAUGGCUGAGAUUGGAGAAGGCUAUCGCAAACAUGGGAGAUACGAACUCAGAUAUCCAACGGAGGUGGAGAGCCCUCAACGAACAGGCUGACAACUUGAGAUGGGAAACGAACGUAACGAAAAACUCCCUUAUCCAACGGUUUUGGAUGAGAGAUUUCGACGAACAGGCCGCCAAGUUGAGAUUGGAACUGAAGAUAAUGGACGCACCAGACGCACCGCAGUUCAGACUCCGGCCUCGGCUAUCAAUGACCCACUACCGGCAAUGGUGGAACGAAAGAAAAGAGCUAAGAAUAAUGCGAGACAAAGAGCGCGAAGAGAGGCAAGAAGAGGAGCGAUACUGGCGGCGAGGGGGCAAGGAAAUGAUUCUCAAGGGUCUGACAGGGAUGGAGAGAAUAAUAAGCCAGUUUCACCAUUUAGCGAAGGUCCAAGACAACAAUCGUCCGACACAUUCGGCGUACAGAUCCAGUUCGACCUCGGAAAAGGUCGAAACAUACUACCGCGUGGGCAUCGUGACGGGCAAGGUCCGCGCCAGAUCUCGAGCACAGGGCCUUCCCGCGUCACUCGAUUGGUUCAGGGGAGCAGAGGAGAGAGCCAUCGACAUCAUUUAG